CUUCCCCCAACCAUGCUCAACCCUUCCGUUACGUUCUUUCAUCUGGGACGUGUCCCUUAUCGAAUUGCAUUUAAUUUGCAAAAAGCCGUGGUCGGUGCUCUCAAAUCAUGCACAACUGGGCCAGCACACACAAUCCUACUACUCGAGCAUACUCCGGUCUACACGAUCGGUGUUCGAUCCACCGACCCGGCCAAUGACUAUUCCCCCGAGGGGAUAGCCACCCUCGAAAAAUUGGGCGCAGAUUUUGUAAAAACCGAUCGUGGUGGACUGAUCACUUAUCAUGGUCCCGGACAACUUGUGGCCUAUCCAAUUAUGGAUCUACGCUGUCGUCGACUCCUUGGACACGGCUUGCGUUGGUAUGUGAAUGCACUCGAACAAGCCGGUGUGCAAGUUUGUGCCCGACUGGGUCUGAAAGCCAAAGCAGGCGGGACCGAGGAUAUUGGGGUUUGGCUUAGUCCGGUUCAGAAGGUGAUGGCUAUUGACGAACCGCUCGACUGGUUCCGGCGUGUCGUACCAUGCGGUCUAGUCGGACGCGAUGUGAUCUCGUUGAGUGCUGCCUGCCAACGUCCUGUCCCUGUGACCGAGGUGGUCCCGCUCAUGUGUGACGCGUUGUUGGACGCAUUUUUCGGUCCGCCUGAUCCGGUCCGUGCUGAUCCUCUACCAGUGUCCCAUUGCCGGAACUUGGCAACAGAGCACUGGUCUGUCCGCGAACGGACUUCAGCCAAAACGUGGACAGAGGUGACACAAGACGAGCUUAUCGAUGCGGUGUUGGUCGAUAUUCGUCAACGCAGCCAGAGCGCCAGUCAAUCUUAA